AUUUACAACAACAGAACAUACAAAGCGUCCUUAUUGUAUAGAUUUUUCAUUGAAUCGUAAUUUCGACAAAAUGAUUCUGCACUUUCUUUGUGUCCAUUUCUAGGACCAUUUUACAAAAUCUGCAAGAAAAGUCCUCCGAAGAAAGACAACACGACUCUCCUUUUUUUUCUAGUAAUUUAAAAAAAUUGUUUUUGUUGUAAAACAAAAGCAGCCAGCAUUGAUUGAAAACAUUGUAUAAAGUGUUAGUGGAUAAUUAAAAGAAUCAAUUGUAAUAAAGCGCUCUUGCUUUAUUAUAAACAUUGAUGAAAUAAACUGUUUGUUCCUUUGUUAGUGACAUGUCUAUCAGAUGCAGCACUGUUCUAUCUACAGGAAAGGAUUAUCUUUAGGCAUGCAUUGCGCAACAGAAAAAUGUUGUCUAAUAACCUUCUUAUUAAAGAGAUAUUAUUACAUUAUACAUGCUCAGCUGUGACAAGGACAAGUAUAAUGGCGCGGUCGGAUACAAUAAAACAGGAAACCAUAUCACGACAGUGACAGAUCCACUUUGGAAAAUUUUGUUGUUCAGGAUGAAGAAUCUGUUGAACAUCUGCGUAUUUCUCUUCACAUGCUAUUCGCAUGUUGCACUUUCAGACACCAAAGAAGUAGGUAAAUGCAGUCCAAAGAAAGCCGUGAUGAAGAUAUAUGAACCUGGUUGCGAUAUAGUGACAGUAAAAAGCUUCCGCUGCCGUGGUUAUUGCAAGUCAUCAUCAGCGUUUUCGAAACUGAACAACACUGAAGAAUUACAAGUUAAAUGUCGAUACUGCGAGGUGAUUCGUUACGACAUUCGAUCUGUGCAGCUUUCGUGUCCUUUACACGAAGUCAAGACAAGAACAAUUGAGUAUCCAGUUGCGACAAAAUGUCGCUGUCGGAGAUGCUCGCAAAAAAUGUUUGACGCUUAGAAUAAACUUUUAUUUGUUUUGUCAAUUAGAUAAUCUUUUAACUAAAUUUAUUUAUUUAUUAGUUGCACUUGUGAAAAGGUUUAUUGUUACUGAUAAAAACGAAAUAACUGUCAAGAAUAUCACAUAUAUGAAUGUUGAGUGGUCUAUGCUUGUAGAGCUAAAUACUAACUGAUUGAGCACCACAAAUAUCUGUAUUUAUCAAUACAACCUAGAGUAUCGAAUAAACAUCUCAUCCUUUUGAUUUUUGAAUUUUUUUUAAGCAACAUUUAGAAUUUAUUAGUAAAAUUAUUGUGUAAAUGUUUUAGUAGGUCAAAAAUAUUUUUUGAGGAAGUUACUUUCUUUUUACAAUUUUGUCUGAUUUAUUUACUUCAGUAAUUUACAAAAACACAUAAAAUCUCAACACUAUAAGCUAAAACUUCAGAGGUGCAUGUACCUCGGAGAUCUCCAUACAUAUACUGAUCUACCUACUUUUGGAUUAUUUUUAAAACGCGCGCAAUUCCAGUGAAAGAGGUGCUCAAGAUUAGGUAUAUACGGGGCUUUCCUGUCAAGUUUACAGUAGUAGUCUGAUAAAUCAGGAAGGUUUAAAUCACUUUUUGCAAAUAGUAAAGAUAAAAUGCGAUGAUAGCCGUGAAUGUCCCAACAUGCUGAUGUCAGCAAAGGGUACAGACGGACAAAACAACGCUCAUAGUCACUGAUCCGAUAUGACGGCGAAGGUUAAAAAUGAAGCCAUGAAGUAAGCAAGCAACAAGACACGAAGGAGAGGACACAACCGACACAGAGUUUUAUUUAGCCAACUAUGAAACACAGAGAAAAAGAUGAACCGCAUUAUCAAUAUAGUAUUACACAUAAUAUAUUCAUAAUAAAAUAACUUUAAGAAAGAAAAGUUUUAGAAUAUCUUGUUUGGUAGACAGCUAGUAAAAAAGAAAUGGUUGCAUGUUUUAAACUUUACUUUGUUUUGACAUUACUAUUUUUAAGUCAUCCAGAAUUCGAAAAUUUGUAAU